CUAGACCAUUCUCUCCCUCUCUCAGCCGUCUCCCGUCUCUGCCUAUCAGCUUCUCAAGUCUCGCCCUCUUUGGCCUCAUUGCGCAGGGAGAGUGGGAGACGGCCAGACGGGGAUUCUUCACUUCUUCAGCCGCAGGUCGCAGCUUACAGUCGCCACUCGCCACCCUUAGUUCUCCGCCGCCACCGGCCGACGCCAGCCGCCUGCCAGGGACGCCACCGCCCACCGGCCGACGCCAGAUCGCUCAUCGGCUCAUCGCUGCACCGCCAGCUGCCCAUCUCCAUUGCCGUAUUUCCGUCUGCCCAUCUCCAUUGCUCCAGGACUCCAUUCUCCUAAUCUCCAGCAACGAACAGAGUAACAUUGGGUAGUGGGACAUUUUUACAGAACCUUUUACUAAAGAACAGGGGUGCAGAAGUGAGCAGAACUGCUGACCGUAAUUUACCUAAAUGUAAGUAUUCAUUUAUCUGAUUUAAGUUUUAAUGUGCUCAAUGUUCAUCCGGUUGACCCGUUCUAUCAAAUCGGGUCAACAAGAUAAGCAUUGAGCACAUUAAAAUUUAAUAAAUGCAAUGGCAAAAUUAUCGAAUUCGGAUCCGAUUGAUAACUUGACCCGUUUUAUCGAAUGUAAGUAUUCGUUAUCGUUUUUAGUUAAGAUGGUUUAGCCCGCCCAUUAAUCCGACAACCCGAGGUUUAGGGUUAGGGCUAGCCCGAAUCCGAGAAUAAAAUAUAAUUAACCGACAGCCCGAAUCCUAUAAGUCCGACAACCUGACAGGGUUAGCCCGAAACCGACAGGGCUGGCCCGAUUGACAUCCCUUAAAACUCGAAGGGGUGGAGGCAAAUUGCUGUGCUUCAAUCACAGUUUCCUUGUGGAAUUAAGGUAGGGGAGCGAAGGUGGUGCUCAUUUUUCAGCUAUCAAUGGCUCAUACCAGAACCUCCUCGCACUUCCAACUCUUAUCCUCCCUUUCUAAAACCUCGUGUAAACUCUCCAAAUUUGGAAAUUAUAAUUCCUUCUUUUAUGUUCGUGCUCUAUGCUCUUGCUCCAGUCAUCACCAGGCAAACGGGACAAUUGAUUUGUCAAACUACAAAGAGACUUUUGCCAAGCGCAUGGCCAUGGCUGGCCUCAAACCUCAUCACCGUAUUGCAUUGGGUGUUUCUGGUGGUCCCGACAGCAUGGCCUUGUGUGUAUUAGCUGCGUCAUGGAAAACAAGCAGUCAUGAUAUUGGUCUUAUUGCUGAUAAGAGAAGCGAGUCCAUUGAUGGACUUUUGGCUAUUGUUGUUGACCAUGGAUUACGCUCUGAGAGUAAAGCUGAGGCCAAUCUUGUUCAGCGUCGAGUUACUGAUAUGGGAAUUAAAUGUGAGAUUGCUCACUGUGAAUGGCCUGAAGGUAGACCAAAACAGGGACACUUGCAAGAAGCAGCUCGUAAUAAAAGAUAUGAAAUUUUGCAAAGUGUUUGCAUCCAACAUCACAUGAGCGUGAUAUUAAUUGCACAUCAUGCAGAUGACCAGGCAGAGUUGUUCAUUCUGAGAUUAUCUCGGAAUAGUGGUGUGCUUGGGCUUGCUGGUAUGGCGUUUGUAUCAGAAUUGUUCUAUAAACAACCAUCUUCCAAUCUGGAAUCUUUCGGACACCGUAGAUCUGUAUUGGUUAGACCGCUCUUGGAAUUCUCAAAAGAAGAUAUGUACAAGAUAUGUCAAGCGGCCCACCAAGAAUGGGUGGAGGAUCCAACUAAUCGAAGCCAAUUAUUUGCUCGUAAUAGAAUUCGAAUGUCAUUGACCAACUUGUCAUCAUCUGCCUUCAAAUCCGAGUUACAAGAUCUUAUAACAACCUGUCGAAGAACAAGGUUGCAUGUUGACAGAAUUUGUUCCAACCUAAUUCAUCAUGCCGUGAUCAUCACACCUCUAGGGUAUGCAGUGGUUGAUCUAGGACUUCUGAAUCCCUCAAAAGUCAAGGACAUAAUCCUUUCAAAGUUCAUUUCCUUAAUUUUACAGUUUGUUUCCCAAAGACAAAGACCUAUUCGAGGGAGUGCUUUAAAGUUGCUACUUGACUAUAUUCGUACUUUCCCAUGCAAGACCUGCCUUACAGCAGCUGGUUGUUACCUAAGUCCAGCACCUGGUUCCAAAGGCACCAAAAUGUUGGUCUGCUGCUCUCCCAAUGCCGAUCUCCCAUUGAAGACGGAAUUACUGGAUACAUCUGUCAAUGAAGUGCGGAACUGCUAUUCAAGUGAUGUAGAGCAAAUAAUAACAGAAGCAAAAUUAUAUGCAGAUCAAUUUUCUCAGGAUGAAUUGGGUGUGCGAUAUUUAGAUUUAAGACCUUCAGAUUCUCUUCUAGUUGAAGCCAAAAGGCAAGGCGUUCUUAGUGAGUCUACGUAUUGGAGUAUUGUUUCUUUGCAGAAAAAGGAGAGUGAAAAUUUCAGGUCUAAAUCUGAUACCAUCCUUGAUUUCCAGUUUGAAAAUGAAGAAUCUGCCAAUGAUGUUCCAAGCAGAGUACUUUACGAAGAGAAAACUGGUUACUUCAUGAACAGGUUUUUGGUGAAAUGGAAUUUGAACAAGAAAAUGUCUUGCAACUUGUUUUCCACGAAAGACACAGAUCUUAGUAGAGUGGAAAAUUGGAACUCUUGCAGUUCACGUGUAAUUGGUCAUGAUUUGUUAGUUGAGGUGCGGCACAUGGUGGAUGCUGAUUGGCUGUACCUUGCAAAGCUAGCAGAGAGUCAGAAUGAACGAUUAGUUCCAUUUCCUUCUGGUGUUGACCGUAAAACUGGGAGAAUCUCAUGUUCUGAUUAUGUGAAGCAAUCAGCCGAAAGGGCUCUCCUUACGUUGAAAUCUAUUCCAGUUGCUGCAAGAAGAACUCUACCUGUCUUGGUUAACAGUGAUGGACUACUAUUAAGCAUCCCGAGUAUUGAGUUCCAGCACUGUCCCUGCUUGGAGGCUUCUGCUGUGUUCAAGCCCAUGGUACCACUUGGUGCUGGUUACACUUCAUUCCUCUAGUUUUUACUUUUAAUUUAUUGGACCGUUGUACACCUACCUUAGUGUAGUCUAAUGAGUUAUGUUGUAAUCUUUUAUUUGUAAGGUUAUAUUAUUUGAUUGUUUAGGAUGUUGUAUUUACUGUAGUUGGCAUAUUCAUUAAUUGUAUUAAAAAUAUAUGCUUGUUAAUCGAGUUUUGUUUGUAAUAUAUUACUCUUUUUGUCUCA